ACCUGGGCGGGCCGUGCCGCGGCUCUUCCCGUCUGGCCCGGCCCCCGCGACGGGAAGUGGGAGCGAGGGGCCGCGCUGGGACGGCCUGAGCCAUGGAUCGUCCCGGAACGUCGCUGCCGUGCCGGCUUCUGCUCGCCGUCUGCUGGGUGGUCACCGCGGGGACAGCGGCAGGAGCAAAAGUUCUUCCACCUCCAUCCAACCUGGACUACUCAUUUAUCCAAAUCUGCACCCUGAACUGGACGUGGAACCCCCCAGAGAACGUAAGCAGUAGCUGCGACCUGGAGUAUUCCAGCGACAUUGUGAUUGAUGAGAUCCCUCAGGACAAAAGAGAAUGGAGUAAGAAUCACUUUCGUGUGACGGAUACAUUCUUGAAUGAGGAAAUGCGUUUCAAAGUGAGAAGUGAAUGCAAGUACGACAACACCAGCAAGCCCAGCCGAUGGGUGGAGACCUCCCUCCUGCCAAAAGGUAUUCCAGGUACUGCUGCUGUUGACUUAAGCUGCAUUUGGCACAAUCUGGAGUACAUGGUUUGUACAUGGCGUCCUGGGGAGAAUGCAGGCAGUGAUACCAAUUAUUCGUUGUUCUACUGGUUUGAUGGUUUGAAAAACCAUAAGAAGUGCAACAACUAUUCUAUGCACCAAGGAACCUUUGGAUGCAUUUUCAAUUUUAGCUUCCCAAAACUCACCAAUACUUACCCAGCUAUAAGUAUUUUGGUUAGAGAUGAUUCUGAAGAAAUUAGGCCUGUGUGUACAAGUAAAAAUCCUACCACCCUUGUAAAACCUGCUACACCAAGAUGGGUUAAGCUGUCAAAGAUCAAUGAUGAAAUAUAUUUAGAAUGGAGUGAAUCAGACACCUUUCCACAAAAUUGUUUAUUUUAUGAAGUUGGAUAUCACAAUGGUGAUAUGGACAGCGCUCAGAUAAUUAAAGUCGAAACUAAUUAUACGUCAAUUCCUAGCGUUGAUCCUAAUAGCAAGUACAUCUUCAAAGUGAGAGCAAAACCAAAGCCUGAGUGUUACAGCAGCAAACUCUAUAGUGACUGGAGCGAAGAAAAGAGUAUUGGUGAGAAGACAGACUCUACAUUCUAUUUUGUUUUAAUAAUCGCCCUUCCAGUAACAGUAGCAGUGUCUACGAUAAUUCUACUAGUUUAUCUAAAAAGGCUGAAGAUAUUAAUUCUACCACCAAUUCCAGACCCUAGAGAAAUUCUUAAGCGCAUGUUUGGAGAACAGAAUGACGAUUCCCAGGGUUGUGCAAAGGAUGAUUCUGUGAAUGCUUUUGACAGGUUUAUUAAAGAAGAAGAAAUUCAUUCUUUAAUUUUAACAGAAACUCCAGAGUGUACUAAUUCUGAAAAAGAAAACCGAUAAACUCUGCUUUACCAGUGAAAGAUGAGGAAGCUUUCAUUCCUGCUCAGGUGACAAAGUAGAUGUGAAGAGGCCUGCAAGACAUUCACCAACUUUCACCUUACUGAGUCCUUUCUAAGUCUUAUUUCUCUGAUAUUCAGGAGAUACAUCACUAAGAGUGGCCAUUCCUCCAUCUCUGCUAGAAAUACUCAUCUUGGAUCACUUGAGAUGAGCUUGUACAUAAAUUUCAUCUGACUACAUUGCAGUAUCUCUUGUUCUGGCUCCAGCCAGCUCUGCCUUACUAUUUGUCAUUGGCUCUUGUGUUUGUGCCUCACAUUAGACUGUAAAAGGGUUUUUUGGAGCAAGCACUGUGACUUCUCUGAAGUAUUCGGCUCUGUUUUGCUGCAGAUGAGAUGAGGUUUGUUUACAGUAGAUGGCUCGUUAGUGCUACUACAUGGAACUGCUGCCCAGUAGGAUGGCAGAGCAUGGACUAUUGGUGGCAUGGACCAUUUGUGGAUGGCCUUUCCAGAGGGCAUUUACUGACUGACCAUCUUACGCUUCUGGAUGAUGUGCAUCAGCUGUGGCCUGCUCAAACCCCAUGGAAGAGGGUUGUUUUUUCUUCAAAAGUGUUUAUGAAAAAGCCUCUCUGCUUUCCCGAUGGUAUUCAUACUACUUAAAAAAAAGCUUGAUUUUUUUUUUUAACCUUUCAAGUGCCUGUCCUCAUACAUCGUGCCUUCAUGGGCUUCUUGGGUUAGUUUUGUUUUGUUUAAAAUGAUAAAUAGAAUUUUUUACCUGUGUUGUACAGUGGCACAUAACUGUAUUGAGUCUCAACCAGACUGUGAUUCUACUUUGGCCAUAUUGGCCUGAAAACACCUGAUAUUUGGAAGCUAAGUCAUCCUGAAUCUGUCCAGCGAAACUACCAGGAUGGAUGGAUGAGUCUAAGGAGCUUUGGUCAAAUUGAUUAGCAAGUGCUAAACCACUGAAACUGAAUUAAUUCAAAGACUUCAAGACCCAUCCUUACUGCUGAGCUGAUGGAUUUGUGGGAAGAGGGGAUGACAACCAACCCUUUCUAAGGGAUAAGCUUUAUUCUUUCUGUAGUGAUAAGGCUGUGAUUUGACCUUCCCGUCUAAGAGCUUAGCAAUUUAACACAAGGUGCUGAUUUGACUUUUUUAAAAAGAAUUACUUCUGCAUUUUACUGCAGCAGCUUGAUGACUUUUUUUUGGUCAUUGUUAAUUCAUGAAUUUUCUUGUUUGUUUUUUGAUGGUUUUGUUUUGAGGUUGCUUUACCCAGCAAAGCUCAACAGGUAUUUUCUAGCACAACUGUGACAUUGCUCUGAAUUCUGAGCAUUAGUUUCGACCCUGUGCAGCAAGGGUGUUAACAGCAGUACACUGAUUGUGCUGGAGGCAGGAAGUAAUAUUAUGGGGAGAAAGGACUCCAUGCAAGCUGUUUAUGGUCAGUCUUCAGGAAUUUCUUGCUCGUCCAAGAUAAAUGCAGACCCAUUAGUCAUUGAUAUAGUCAGUCUAAGCAGACUGAGAAGAAGUUUGCUAGAACAAACUCUAUAGUCAUUAACCUUUUAAAGUUCAGCCAUGUCCUCAAACCCUAUUCAAUCUAAAAUCUGAAAUGAAAUGCUACAUUUUUGGAACACAUUGUUCUGUAAGAAGUAGAACCAACAGAGCUUGAUUUUUUAGCUACAGAUUUACAUCCUUUACCCUCUUACUUAUUCCCUCUUUCUCAAUAAACCAAUCCCCCCUGAGCGGUUCAAAUACAAAUUCCUCCACGUCUCUCAUCUCCUUUCUACCACCAGUAACAAGAGGUAGAAAUGAUGUAGCAGAACUAGCAGACCCAAUAUCAGCUUCAAUCUUCUACUUACAAUCAGGCUAACAAAAAAAAAAAAAGAGUGGUUAGUGAGACAAAAUGAGAAUAAAGCCUCAGGGAUUUCAGUGAGAUAAAGCAAAACUCAGGUUAUACAAAGUCAGUGAGCAUCACUAUCUGAUAUUCCAGAGGUGGGUGAAAAGGUAACUGAAUUCCUGUGCCAGCUGCGUUCCCUCUCCCCUGCAACACUUACAUCAUUACAGCAAUAUAAAUAUUUCUCAAAUCUACCUCAUCUAGAAUGAUGCUCAUCAUAGACCACUAGACAAACAGAAAUGUAUGAUUUCAAGAUAAGUAAGCAUAGCAGUGCAAUAUUGUGGCUUUCAGUAUAGCCAUCCAGGAAGAUGAUCCUCGGUACUUUACCCUAAAUUCUUUUGACUUUUGUUUUGGUGUUUAUGGUAAAAAAAACCCAAAGCUUAUUUGUUCAAAUUCAUACACCCAAAGGAGUGGAAAAAAAAAAUGGUCUUAUGCCAAAAGGAAGACUUCAAUGCAGAGGAUGGUUUAGAUCAUUAUAUAGAAAUGUUUGGGGUAAUUCUUUGUCUCCCAAAUAAUAGUAAUUGACACACUUCCUAAUGGAUGGAUUUCUUGAGCCUGUGUUUUGGCAUGUAAAGUGUCUGAGUAUAUUUUUAUGUUAGAAGUGUCUUGUUUAUGGUUAGGGGUUUUUUUUAGCUUAAAAUUUCCCAAAUUUUGCUAUCAUUUGUUUGUUCUUCAUUGCAGUUACUUGAUCUGUAAGUUUGUGUAAAGAAUGAAUAAAUAUGUCUGAAUGUUUUUUGAUAUAA